UGCAGCUGGCCCCCCGGUGGCCCGUGCCUUCCCUCGCUCGAAAGCAGGCAGGGGACAAAGGAGGGCUCUGCAAUUGCUUCGAGCUCUUCCAAGAGUUUGACUAGCUUGGUGUGUAUGAUGCACACAGGCUCUUCAUUUUCAUGGCGAAGCAAACCAUCGUGGCACCACCGUGGCCUGUCAUCUUCAGUCCUACCCUCACACAUCACAACAGAGUGCUGCGAGGCGUGCCGAGAUGGCAAGGUGUACGUGUUGACCACCACUCCAUGUUGCAAAUGAAUACACACCCACAGGGCCGCAGGCACCAUCUCUGCUUUGUUCACUCCUCAAGCAUCCAAACAAUAUUUUUCUUUCACAAUAAAUUAGACGUUUCAACUUUUCAGCUGGCUUAUAAGUCCAGCCGAACAGGCCGCAAGUCUGGAAACCUCUCCUCCAAUUGUUCCUCCCUUGGUCGUCACCUACACUUGCCAAAUCCACACAUCUAUAAACACCACGCGCCAUGGCAUCAAACUUGUCGCCGUAUCCAGCAAAAAAAGGGUUCAUACAUUGCUGCUGUUGCAUCAUGGGGAGCAUGGACUACGACAUUGGCAAGAAGCCCAGACCAGACCAGCAUCAUCAGCAGCAGCAGCAGAGGAGGUCGAGGGCCGUGGUGGUGCUCCUGUUCCUGACGAACGCGGCGUCCAUCCUCGUCUUCUCCGGCGCCGGCGCGGCGCUCCACGCCCACGUCGGCAGGCGCUACCCGGCGGCCGUCCACGCGUGGGGCUCGUCCAAGCUGCUCCGCGAGCUCAACCUCACCGGCCUGGCGCUCGCGGCCAGCCACGCCGAGGUGGUGGACCUGUCGAACCGCCUGACCGCGGCCAACAAGCAGCUCGAGGCCAUCCUGGGCGGCGGCUCGGCCGCCAAGCGCGACAUGGAGGCCGCCCGGGAGGAGCAGCGGCAGGCGGCGGCGGCCAACGGCGGGCUGUGGCGGCGGGAGCGGGACCUCCCCGCCGGUGGUGAGCUUCGGUGGGCGGUCGGCCCGCACAGGCGGCCCGGCGCCGGCGGUGAGGUGAUGUUCCCGGCGGUGGGGCAGGCGUGCCACCGGCACCGCGGCGACCUGGAGCGGUACAUGAACUACACCGCCGGCGGGGAGUGCCCCUCCGACGAGGCGUUCGCGCAGCGGCUGAUGCUCAAGGGGUGCGAGCCGCUGCCGCGCCGCCGGUGCCGGCCGCGCACCCCCGCCGGGUACGUGGAGCCGGCGCCGCUGCCGGCGAGCCUGUGGGCGAUCCCGCCCGACACCAGCGUCGUCUGGGACGCGUACACCUGCAAGAACUACUCCUGCCUCGUGAACCGCGGGAAGGCCAAGGGCGGCAGCUACGACUGCAAGGACUGCUUCGACCUCCGCGGCCGGGAGAAGGACCGCUGGAUGCGCCGCGCCGGCAACAACGACGACGACGACGACCGGGAGGAGAACUCGCUCGACUACACCAUCGACGGCGUGCUCGCCACGUUUCCAAAAGGCACGGCGCGGAUCGGGCUGGACAUCGGCGGCGGGACGGGCACCUUCGCGGCGCGGAUGCGUGAGCGCGGCGUGACGGUGGUGACGACGUCGAUGAACUUCGACGGGCCGUUCUGCGGCUUCAUCGCGUCGCGGGGGCUGGUGGCGAUGCACCUGAGCGUGGCGGCGCGGCUGCCGUUCCCGGACGGGGCGCUGGACCUGGUGCACUCGAUGCACGUGCUCAGCGGCUGGAUCCCCGACGCGGUGCUGGAGCUCGCGCUCUUCGACGUGUUCCGGGUGCUCCGGCCCGGCGGCGUGUUCUGGCUCGACCACUUCUUCGGCCUGGGGGCGCAGCUGGACGCCACGUACGUGCCCAUGUUUGAGCGGAUCGGGUUCGAGAAGCUCCGGUGGAACGCCGGGCGGAAGCUCGACCGGGGCGUCGAGAUGGACGAGUGGUACAUCUCCGCGCUGCUCCGGAAGCCCAGGAGGUGACGUGCUUGACGGCCGCCGGACGGAGCUCGGGCUCAGAUCACCACCAAGAACAACGGCCAUGGAAGGAUUUCACAACUCGCAGUUACGGAGUAAUUAAUUAUAAGCUGCAGCUUGAUUUCCAUGUGUCACAACGAAACAAUUUACCUUCAAGUUUUUUGUUUUUUGAGAGGAACAAUUUACCUUCAAGUGGAUCGUGGAUUCGUGGUUGGCUAUUGUGGGCCUAGGAAGUUGGACGAGCCCGUAAAGUUGCAGCCCACGACGACAUCUCCUACUAAUUAAGUUUCAGCCCAUAAACCAAGACAUGAGCGCGUGUGAUGUGCUGGGCUGCUGGCCGUGGCCCAU